UCUUUGCUUCUUUGCUUCUUCGCUGGGAAUCGUGUUUCAAAUGGAAUUGGCAACUUCAACACAAAUCACGAAAUACAUGGAAUCUUUCCGACUUUUGGAGGGAAUUCCCAUGCAAUAUACUUUCUUGACAGGUAAAUGCCCAUUUCGGAUUCCAUCGUUCAGCUUAUUAUUCUGAGUUCUAGACGAAAAAUCAAAAUUUGAUCCGAAUUAUUCAUCAUGACUAAGAAAAGGCCAAAUUAAUGAUUAGCGUUUACCAAUUUAUUGGAGUUGGUCAUCAACUAUGCAGAUUUUAAGUUAGAGAACACUAUGGAGUACCCAAACCUUAUCAAAGGGCUUAUCACGAGUCAAUAAAAUGACUAGCAUGUGUAGAUCACCACUGCGGUAUGAUCUCUGAUUGGCUUCCACCCGUGGCACUUCUUCAAUACGUCAAACCUCAAAUUUAACUUACAAAGCACUGUCCUUCUGCUUUUCGACGAGUAUGGAAGAGAUAUAUAGGGGGGGUCUCAUAUUCUAGAUUGCGCCUUCUACUCAUAAUCACAGCACUCCCAUAACCUCAUCUCAUCCACACUUUAUAGAGGAGCAUCUUUAUCUCGAUUCACAACUCACACCGUAUAUAAUUUCUCGAAACUAAUUGAAGCUACCACAUUUCGAGAUAAUGGCGAACCUUGUCAAGAAUAUUCUCAUCCUCGGCGGAUCUUAUGCCGGAGUUAGCACAGCACAUCGAAUCCUCAAGCAAUCAGCCAAAGCCGGACUCGCCAUCAAGAUCACAUUAGUUUCACCAAAUACCCAUGUAUACUGGAACCUUGCCUCCGUACGAGCAAUUGUACCUGGAGAAGUGCCAGAUGAGAAAGUUUUCUCUUCCAUAGCUACAGGAUUUAAGCAAUACCAAACCGAUAAAUUCGAGUUUAUUGUCGGUACAGCUGAAGGCUUGGAUGUGGAGAACAAAACAGUUGUUGUUUCGAGCGAUAGUGGGAGAUCGAGCUUGAACUACGAUACACUUAUCCUUGCCACUGGUUCAAGAACUAGAGAAGAUUCUCCUUUUAAGAGCAAGGGUUCCUAUCAAGAAACGCUUGCCUCGUUACAUGAAUGGCAAUCCAAGGUGAAGAAUGCAUCUUCUAUCUAUAUCGCUGGAGCUGGAGCCACAGGUAUGUUCUUCCUGUACGAUUAAUCAAGAUCUUUAAUUCUCACAUAUGUGAUUAGGUGUGGAAACAGCUGGUGAGCUAGGUUUUGCAUACGGAUCAUCGAAGAAAGUUACUCUGGUAAGUUGUCCACCGGAAUUUGGACCUCAGAAUCCACUCAGAUUACUAACUCUUAAUCCCAGGUUGCAAGUGGCCCGAUUGUUCUUGAAGGGACUCCACCAAGUGUCUCAAAAACUGCCACCAAACAACUACAAAACCUUCAUGUUGACAUCAUGGUCUCUACCAAAGUUUCUGGCUCAGCAAAGACACCCGACGGGAAAUACGAACUCACAUUCUCUAACGGCAAGAAAGUCACCACCGAUUUGUACAUUCCAAGUAUGGGUCUUGUCCCAAAUUCUUCAUAUAUUCCAGAAAAAUACCUCAACCCAGCAGGUUAUGCAAUCGUGGACGAGUUUUUGAGACUCAAAGGAACUAAAGAUGUUUGGGUGGUGGGUGACGUGUCAGCUGUUGAGCGACCACAGUAUGUGAAUACCGAAAAGCAAAGUGUGCAUGUUGCGAAGAACAUUGGAUUGGCGUUGAAGAAUUCCCAGCCAGUGGGUUAUAAGGUUGCCGAAAAAAGUUAGUUUGCUCCUACUUCCCCUUAAUCUCGACUUGAAUUACCGAGAAUAACGAUAUAUUGACUCUACUUUAGAUAUGAUGGUAGUUACAGUUGGUAAAAAAGUCGGCACAGGUCAUAUGGGAGGAAUGAAACUCCCUAGCUUCAUGGUCAACAUGGCAAAGGGAAAGACAUUGUUUUCCGAGAAGUUGGUGCCUAUGGUCAAUGGAUCUUCAUUUUAAAAUGAUUCUAAUAGUGUUCAUCGCGCUCUUCCUUUGGAAGGGAUGAAGAUUCAGGCGUUUUGGGAGAUGGAGAAGGGAGAUACCAUUUAUUUCUUUUUUCUACUCAUUAAUAUUUAUUUAAUUGUAUUUGUUCGAUUCUUUAACUAUUGAAUAUCCCUGA